AUGCAACCAUUACAAAAUAAUAAUUCUAAUGUUGAAAGAACAACAACUUCAGUUCAACAACAAACUUCAAAUUUGCCACCAACAUAUGAUAGCGUAGUAGAAGAAAGUGGAGCAAUAAUUAUAAUCCAGCAACUGUCUUUACUACCGCCAACCUACGAAGCUUUUACGCAAGGAAACAAUGAAAGAGAGGAAACUGGUUCAUAG